AUGGCUUUAAGUUCUUCAAUCAGUUAUCUCUUUUUAUAUAUUUUUAUUGCUGUUUCUUCUGGGUUUCCUAUUAAUUCUUUAGAAACAAAAGACCACCAAUCAGUCAAUCAAACCUUUCGAUCUGCGCAACAAAUUUACAAAUUGAAGAAGAUGAUAGCUACCCGUCUUCAGGAAAUCAACAAGCCUGCGAUUAAGACAAUUCAGAGUCCUGAUGGUGAUAUCAUAGAUUGUGUUUUGACACAUAAACAACCAGCUUUUGAUCAUCCAUUAUUGAAAGGAGAAAAACCUAUGGAUCCUCCUGAAAAUCUAAGAAGGUAUAAUCAAAUAAGAAAUACGAGUGAUCAUUUUCAAUUAUGGAGUUUAUCGGGUGAAUCAUGUCCUGAUGGAACAAUUCCAAUUAGAAGAAUAACCGAAGAAGACAUGUUAAGAGCUCACUCUAUUAAUAGCUUUGGAAGAAAAUUCCCGAAUGCUUCUAUACAUGAAUAUGCAGUUAUAUCAGAGGGAAAUGAUAAGUUCUAUGGAGCUAAGGGUGCCAUAAACGUAUGGACACCCAAUUUAGAAAGUUGGAGGGAAUUCAGCGUGGCUCAAUUGUGGCUUGUCGCUGGUACACCCGGAAAAGAUCUCAACAGUAUUGAAGCUGGUUGGCAGGUCUAUGGGCGACUCUACGGUGACUACCUCUCUAGAUUUUUCAUUUAUUGGACGGGUGAUGAUUAUAACAAUGGGUGCUACAAUUUGAUGUGUCCAGGCUUUGUUCAAACUAACAGAAAAUAUGCAUUGGGAGGUGCAAUUACUAAGACUUCAACAUAUAAGGGAAAACAAUAUUCUAUUACCUUGAAGGUCUUGAAGGAUAAACAAACUGGAAAUUGGUGGCUUGGAGUUGAUGAAUAUGGAUCUGAAUAUUUAAUUGGGUACUGGCCGUCCAAGUUGUUCACUCAAUUGAAGAAUGGUGCUGAUGAAGUUAAUUUUGGAGGAGAAAUUGUGAAUUUAAAAACAACAGGGCCUCACACUUCUACCUCAAUGGGGAGUGGACACUUUCCUGAGGAGGGUUUUGGAAAAGCUGCAUAUAUUAGAAAUAUGCAAGUUAUAGAUACUGAUUAUAACUUGAAGGCCUUUAAAAAUCCUAGUCAUAGAGUAACAAAUUUGUAUUGUUAUAGCAUGGUGGAACGAGAUUCUGAUCCGAAUUGGGGGCAUUACAUUUUCUUUGGUGGACCUGGCAGGGGUGAAAAGUGUCCCUAA